UUCUUGGCUAAGGUCUGUUUAUGAGAGUGGUGACUCAUGGAGCCAUUGUUAAAUGAGGGAAACAGCUCGGUUCAAAGGCCCUCCAAUGGGGACAUUGGGUACAAAUCUUCUUGGAGAUCUUCAAAGUCCAAGCCAUCUGAUCCAUUUGAGUACAUGAAUGACAAAAUCCUGCCAUGGAUCACCCAUCCAGAUCUUUGGAAGCUUGUUGAAGAGUCGCUGGUUAGCUACCCCUUUGGUACACGUCAACAAAGGAAGCUCUUUCCUCAUUACCACCCCCAAAACUUGUUGGGGAACAAGUUUCUCCCGCUUCGAGGAGCGCCCCACAGAGGGCCUGGAUGUUACAUAGCAGAAGAUGUAUAUGGAUUGGCAUACAACCUCUCUAAGAUCCCGACCAGUAGAAAAGGAUAUACUUUUGGUGCCAGAACAGCUGAGAGGUUUAAGGCGAUCAACAAGGACACGAUGCUUUACCCAGGCAUGUACCAGGCUGCAAAUCCUCAGGAACAAAUAUACAAACAAAAUUUUGCUCCAUUCAAUGCCUCGUUGCCUCGAUUUAAGACAUACUCAAAGGACAAUUCUUAUCCUGGCCCUGGCACAUACAACCCGGAGAUGAAGCCACCCCCCAAAAUCACUUGGCCAAUGAAAUUUGGAUCUCCAGACUGGGCUCAGGUUCCAUGUCUACAGAAAAGAACCCUAAAAGCUGAGUUGUCCACCGACAAGGACUUCAGAAAGCACCGGAACCGUGUGGCCUACCUAAGCCUGUUUUACAAUUGAGGUGCUGUGACUACCUUCACGCGCCCCUCCUGACCACGGAUCUAGGACUGAGGACAGGGCUACUCUUCCCCCCUGCACUGCUGUGCUCGCUGUCUGCCAGCAUGGGACCCAGGGAGGGAAGGGGCUCCCAACUCCUAUGUGAGAACAGAAAGACUACAUCAGAGCGUUCUGUGUCCAUGUGCUGGUUUGUCAUGUACAUAUGUAGAUGGGCCUGGGGGGGUCCUGCCCAAUGUUCAGUGUGGUGGCUCCAUUUUACUGAAAUACUCAUGGGUCUCUGUCCUCACGCUCUAAUUCCCAGUCUUAUGUGUUCUACCACGAGCCCUGGGGACAGGGGCUGUUGGCCUCGCCAUUGACUGGAUGGUCAGUUUGGAUUGGAUUGGAUGGCCACCUUGGACUUAUUCAUGGGCUUGCUAUACUCAGAGG